CCUCCAAAAGGAAAGUGAGGUUGGGUUUCGCUUAAGUUGGGUUAGCUGAAGUUGUGAUGAAAUAGAAAGUUCGUUGAGGAAGUACCACUUUUGCAUAUUUUAGAUUUUAGAGUAUAUUUUUUCAUCAUUGUCACAAUGGAAGAUAAGCGAUUUGCCCAUGUUGCAACGAAUCCAAAAUUUCGUCCAAUACCAAAGAACCAAAGGAAAGUCAAAAUAGACAAGAGGUUUCAGUCUAUGUUCAAAGAUAAACGAUUCAGAGUUGAGUAUAAAACAGACAAAAGAGGAAGACCAGUUAAUCAUACGUCAAGUGAGGACUUACGAAGAUACUAUGAACUGAGUAGUGAAGAUGAUUCCUCCGAAUCGGAAUCAGAAAACGAAGUAAAAGUGGAAGAAGGAAAAUUUGUAAAAGCUCCUAAAGAUAAUGAGACCACUAAUGAUCUGGAUGAAAAAUCCGAUAAAGAUAAAAUUUUGGAUGAGAAAGCGAAAAAAAGACUUCGUAACUUAAAAAUUGACUAUGCCAGAGGCGAAUCGGCAUUAUUUUCUGAAAGUUCUUCGGAUGAUGAGGAAAGCGACGAGGAAUUACUGGAAACAGAAGAAUUGGAUCACAAGUGGGGAGAAUUGGACAAUGAUGCUGAGCAGACAGAAAAACCCACCUAUAGGUUAGCAGCCUGUAAUAUGGACUGGGACAGAAUAAGGGCAGUAGAUUUAAUGGUUCUUUUCAACUCAUUCUUAACUCCUGGUUCUGUCAUAAAAUCUGUAAUAAUCUACCCCUCCGAAUUUGGUAAAGCCCGCAUGAAAGAAGAAGAAGUGAAAGGCCCCAUAGAAUUGGUCGAAAAAAAAGCAGAAGAAAAUGAAGACGAAAACGAAGAGGGUUCCAACUAUCACAUGGAAAAACUGCGGCAGUACCAACUCAAUCGGCUCAAAUAUUACUAUGCUGUCAUAACGUUUGAUAGUGCCAGUACUGCAAACAAAAUAUACACUGAAUGCGAUGGAAUGGAAUAUGAGUCAAGUGCUGUGAAGCUCGACUUGAGGUUCAUCCCUGAUGACAUGGAGUUUGACAAUGAACCUAAAGAAGUUUGUGAUAAGCUGCCAGAAGUGAAUAAGUACCAGCCUAGGUUUUUCACAACAACGGCUCUUCAACAAGCAAAAGUUGAUUUAACAUGGGACGAAACAAAUCCAGAUAGAUUGGAAAUUUCACAAAAACUCAGUUCUGGUAAACUAGAAGAAAUAUCAGAAGCAGAUUUGCAAAACUAUUUGGCUAGUAGCAGUGAUGAAGAAGAAUGCAAGGAAGAGAAGGAUGAAAGUGAUAAAGAUUCUGAAGAUAACCAGGGGGAGAAUGUUAUUGAUAAAUAUAAGGCUUUGUUGAUGGAUAUAGAAGAUAAGGAGAAGGCUAAAAAGAAUAAAGAUGUUGAAAUGGAAAUUUCUUGGGGAAUCGAUCUGAAGGAGAAGACUGAGGAGUUGGUAAAAAAGAAACAAAAUAAUUCAGAAGAUAAAACACCUUUCGAGAAGUAUCUAGAUAAAAGAAAAGAAAAGCGGAAAGAAAAACGUUCCAAAAAAAAGACAGAAAUGAUCCCUCCUGGCAGGUAUAUGCAUACAUUCUGUCUUCCCUCAUUAUACUCCAGACACAUUUCCUCCUUCCAUACCUUCACAGUCGGGUGAGUGAUGAAUGAAGACGAGGGCAAAAAGCACUUUAGUCUUAAAAAAAUACAAGACGCAGAAAAUGAAUCUAAAAGUAAAAAGAAGCGAAAGAAUAAAUCAAAGAAAGAUGCUGGUGAAAGUAAAGUGGAGGACGAUUUCCAGGUCAAUGUUGCUGAUGAAAGAUUUUCAGCAUUAUUCAAUAGUCACCACUUCAAUAUAGAUCCAACUGAUCCACAUUACAAAAAAACCAAAGGUAUGGAAACAUUGAUAUCAGAAAAAUUGAAGAGGAGGGCUGAGAGCAAUGGCGAACCUGUUGUAAAGAAAGUUAAAGGAAAUCGAUGUGGUAAAAAGGACGCUGAACUGAGCUUGCUCGUUAAAUCAGUGAAGAGGAAAACUAAUGACUAUAUGAACAAAUGAUAUAUUUAUAUAAGUGAUAUAUAUUUAUUAAACAAACUGAUGCAAGAUUAUUUUGAUAGAAGUUGUUUUGAAUGAAUUUUCAAUUCAUUUUAUAUUUCUAUUUAUAACAGCCCUCUAAAUUAGAAUAGUAAUUGAGCUGUAUCAUUUGAUAAUUAUGUUUGAAUAAAUGAGAAAACGAA